AUGGAUGUCAGCAAUGCCAUCCCUGAGGUCACAGUAAAGUGCUCUCAGGGCAUUCCUCCUAACCAGCCAGCUGUAUCCAACAUCCACAUCGUGAGAGAAAACUACAAUUCCCCUAAUCCCCUCAACAGAGCCCUGGGUCAGCUGAUCUCCUGCCUGAAACUCGUCUCCAUCUUGCUGAUCGUCAGCGGUCAGAAUCCGUUUCAUCUCCUCGGCGUCGACACUCCCCGAGCUUGGACCUGGAGUCAGGACAACAAGAUCUUCUCCUGUCUGAUGGCUUUCUUCCUCUGCAACAUGAUGGAGACUCACUUCCUGUCCACCGGAGCCUUCGAAGUCACGCUCAACGACGUCCCCGUGUGGUCCAAGCUGCAGUCGGGGUACGUCCCGAACAUCCAGGAGAUCUUCCAGAUCCUGGACAACCAGCUGAAGAUGAACCAGGUGGAUCCGCUGAGCUUCUCCUCGCCGUAGAGCAGCGGUGCGUUCAGGUGUGUCCCCUCAGCGGUGCGUUUGGGUGUCUCGGCUCAGCGCUGCGUUCAGCCACUGGCGUGUAUGAAGGUUCGGCCCUAAAGCAGACUCUGCGGGGCCCCGCCGGAUGUCCCCCGCCACAAAGCGAGUGCUCCCUCUGCGCCGGGUCACAGCCCAGCACUACAUUACCCAUAAUGCACCUGUGAGCACCGCGAGAGUCGGACUGUUUCUGUUGGUUCAGCUUGAUUUUAUUUAUUUUACGGUUCAGUUUGGUCAGAAUAAGAAUACCCUACCACUGUUAGCUUCAUGCUAAUUAGCCUUUGUCUUGACAGGAAGUACCAGACAGGAAACUGAGAAUUAACAAAUAACAUAAAGUGAAGAUGACAGAAACCAGAUUUUAAUGAUUCAUCACAUUUCUGUUAAAGUUACAUCAUUGAGUCUGUAAAAUGUCUGAAAAUAAAACUUACCAAAAGUUUCA